UCGGCUAUCGGCAUUUAUGUCAGCAAAUGGUGGUUUGUAGUAUAUAAUUAUAAGAAAUUGUUAAUAGUUUUGCUGCGAAACUAGUUCUAUGUAGUUACUAUAACAAAACAAUUAUAAUAAAGAUAUUUAAAGCGAUGAGCAAACAGUAAGUACAACAACAAUUUAAAACCGCUUCUCAAAAGUUGCAGAUUCCACAUUUAACAAAUAGCCAAGAAACUAAAACUAUGAGUAACUCAGAUACUUCUGCACUAGUUGACGAUACUAAAGAGGUUAAAGGUAGUGAAUCUCGUGGACAAAUGAAUAAAAUAGAGGAAAGUGAUGAAGACAUCCCUGGGGACUUUUUUGAUGACUUUUUGAAGGAAGAUUUUAUGGCCGGUUUGGAUAUCGUCGAUGAUGAUGAGUGGGAUGAAAAUAAGUUCAAAAUUGAUGUAGAAAUUUCAGAGAAAUCCAAGAAUGAGAAAGCGAAUGGUGAAAAACCGAAGAAUGAGAAUUUGAAGAGUGAGAAAUCAAAGAACGAUAAUACUUCACUAGGAAAUCGACAAACGGAAAGUGCGAAAAAAAGGAAAAAAGACAAAGGAUCUAACAAGAAAACUAACGCCGAUGGUGAUAAAUCUCCCCCUGAAGAAAGGCGAAGCAAACAGAAAAAGAAGAAAUGUGAAGAUAAGAAAGACGAUGACUCGAAGCAUAAAAAGAGUUCGGAUAAACAAAUAGAUGCAGAUGAAUUCGAUAUUCGCAGGGACCCAGAGAAAACUAAAAGGGAUAUUGCACGGGACAAAGUUCGUUGUGAGAAAGACAAAGAAAUGAAAAUCAUUUCAGAGAAGCUUAGUUUAGUGGAAACAGGUUUGGUUCCACCAGGCAUGGAAAUGGAGAUCGAUAUCGAGGAAAUCAAAAAGCAGAAAGAGAAAAUCGAGAGUAAGUCACCACGUGAUCUACGCGAACGUAUUAAAGACCUGAAAGGAAGGAAUAAGAGUCCUGUUCACAAGCUUAGAUCACCGGUUAGAAAACGAAGCCCACUACGGAAGUCUCCAGCAGCAGCAAAGCAGCUAGCAAAGAAAAUAUCGCCUCUAAGAAGACGUUCACGGAGUCCAAGAAAAAUUCCUCUUGCGUUGGUAAGGAGUGCCCUGAGCCCUAUAAGAAGAAGCCCAAGGAGGAGCCCUUUGAGGAGAUUAUCCCCCAGAAGAAUAUCACCACUUAGACAUAGAUCCUCCGACAGAAUAUUUGGCAGAAGGAGAAGCAGAAGCCACAGCCCAUUUUAUAGGACUCGACGAGACAGGCGCAGAGACCGUAGCAGCAGCAGAGAGUCGGAUCGUGAAAGGUGGCUGAAACGUAGGAACCGUUCAAGAUCACCCAAGAGGAAGCGAGACGAGAAGAAGUCCUUCCUGCAAGAAAUCGCAGAGAAACUCAAUGAAAUCAGACAUCCUAUCAGUAUGAUGCCCCAAUUACAGCCAAUGCCACCUGUACAACCUAUAAUGCAGCCCUUGCAACGGACGUUACAUUACGUAGAAGCUCAGCCUCUACCCGCACCAGUACCUGCACCGGCCCCCGUCCCUCCUCCCAACAGUGCUCCUUUAUUCCACAACCCACAACAACAGCAGCAGAAAUAUGACCCGUACGAUCAAACUUUUUUUAUCGGAGGACCCCCUGUGGGUGCGCUUAACUUUCCGCUCCAAUCUCAGCUCAGUCCGUUGCCCGGCGGUUCACAAAUGCCAUUAAAUCCCAAUCCCAUGAAUACCUCUCUCGUGAUGAAUAACAGCCUCGCCCUGACCUCGAGGCAAGCUUCCACGCCUAAUUCGAUGAGCAUCCCCUUUAGUUCAACAAACGUAGAGCAAGUGACGCAACAUAUGCCAGUACAUAAGCUGGAGUCGCAAGAGGAUAGCGCAAAAUUGUUCCAAGAUAAGCAGAUUAGAUUGUCAGAAUUUUUGGCCAUCACCGCCAAGCCCGAAGUUUUUUCCUCAAGCCCGACACAUUUACAGGAAAAAAUAAAGGUCAUAACUCGGUGCCACGAAGCCAUCAAGAUCCUGGAAAGCAGAGAAAAGAAGUAUUCCGGCAAACUGGUCGUGCACAAGACGAACAAGUACAAGGUGAACACCGGCAAGUACCUCUCUCCUCUGAAGGGUUCCCCGCCAGUACAAUUCCCCUUCACCGAUCCCACCAUCUCCAUCGAGGACCAGAAGAACGUCUUCACCAACUUCGUCAACGAUUUGCUGCGGAAGUUGGGGAUGCUGAACGACACCGUAGUCGACGUCGAUGACGAAGAAACACCCAACGUCAAGGCCACCAAAGAAGAAGCCCCGUCUCGGUUCUCUCCUCCGCCUCCUCCUUUGAUAACUCCCAUAAAGAAACCCGUCUCGAAGGAUAUAAAAAAUGUCCGAUACAAUAAGAUCGUAGAGACCAACCGGCUUUGUAAGAUGGUGCAGACGGACGUAUUUAAAUGCGAGAACUGCGAGAAACGUAAAAAGAUCCUCUAUCGCUCCACGGCGAUGCAGACCAGCAAUUCAUCCGUCACUUUCUCGGUCAGUACUCAGGUGACCGAGGAGGAUUUCCAACCCCGAAUCCCCAAGACACAGUCGUUGGCCGCCCUGACUCCCGCUCAGCUGCUCGCUAAGUCGCGGGAGAGCUUGAACGCGGCUAGCAGGGGGGGCCGUAUCGAUAUUGACAAUUUCGAUAUUCAUCCGACCGGUUUUAAUAGAUCUAAUUUCUUCCGAGCUGCCGAUAAUUACGGGCCGCCUAGACCUAAUCCGCUGUUUGCGAACUCUUCGUCUAUGUACGACGAACUGGACUCUCUAAUGUACGAAGGAGGAGGUAGAGGAAGGGAUCCCUAUGCUCCCAGGCCGAUGGAGUCUAACCCUAGAUUUAGCCAUAAUAAUUAUUAUUAAGCUUAGGCGUACUUGUGUUUUAGUUUAUGCGAGGGUUUAUAAUGAUUCUGUUGUAUCAAGUUGGUAAUCCCGUUUAUUUGCUACUUUUUUCCACUUGUAUCAAAUGAUUGUGGUCCAUCGUUAUUAGUAAUAUAGUGUGCAUUUCUUGAA